UUAGCAGGGUGAUAAGGAGGGGGCGGGGCAGGGUGGGGGCAACUGGAGCCCUGUGCAAGGGGGCCAGAGAGCAAGGGACACCCUCAAGCCCCCCAGAGCUGCCAGCUACAGCAGCCCCUGUGGAGUCCCACCAGGCCCCAACUUUGCCACCUGUGCCCCGCGAUUGACACGCCUCUGGGGUGGGAGGGGGUCCCCAGAGCAGUCUCCAGGGGUGCCCUCCUAGAGCCCUGGCGCCCCUUGCCCUCCCCACUUAUCCCUUCUUGCAUCAUGCAGCCACAAUCCCCCCCCCCACUCCCAAGGGCGGGGCAGGUGUGGGGCACUGCCCUGACAGGCAGCUUAGCUGGCCAAUCACAGUGGGUGGCAGGGCAGGGCAGGGUCCGCCCCCGUGGGUGACAGGUGCCAGCACGCAGCAGGGCAGGGAGUCCAGCACCGGGCUCUGCGGGACGUGCAGCUCAGGGCACAUGCCCCCUCCAGCCCCAUGACAGGGUGUGAGCCCAAGGGGCAGAGCGUGGGCAUGGUGCCAGGCUGUGGGCACUGGUCCUGGGCUGCAGCCCUGAUCCUGCUGUUGGCUUGGCUGGGGCCAGGCGGCACAGCUGUGGGGUGCCCAGGGUGUGGGGUGCCAACCCCAGUGCCAGGGCCCGCGCUGCUGGAGCUGGCCAAGCGGCAGCUGCUGGACCGGCUGCACCUGAGUGAGAGGCCCAACGUGACCCGGGCCGUGCCCCGUGCCGCAGUGGCUAGUGCCCUGCGCCACCUGCACCCAGGUCGUGCCCGCCUCCAGGGUCUGCUGGGCCCCUUCGCCGCCUGGGAUGGCCCCGCCGCUGAGGUCCAGGGCUACGAGAUCGUCAGCUUCGCCGAGACCGAUACGACGGGCACCCUUGGCCCAGAGCUGCGGUUUGAGCUGUCCCAAGCGCCGGCCCGCGACGUGGAGAUUGUGGAGGCCCAGCUGUGGCUGCCGCUGCGGGCACCCAGUGCCAACGUCACCCUGCAGGUUAUGGGCCCUGAUGGCACGGCACUGAGCACCCGGCGCCUGGCGGCUGGAACGGGGGGCUGGCACACCUUCACCCUGCCGCCCGGGCUGCACAGCCUGCCUUCCCUGCACCUGGCGCUGCACUGCCAUGGCUGCUUGCACCCUGACGGCGCCCGCUUGCUGAGCCCUGGCCCUGCCCGCCGCCCCUUCGUGGCUGCCCGGGCACAGGCGCGGGCGCGGGGGCGCCGGGUGGGUAAGCGCAGCCUGCACUGCGCCCCCGACUCGGCCCUGUGCUGCCUGCAGGACUACUACGUGGACUUCCGCGCCAUCGGCUGGCACGACUGGAUCAUCAAGCCCGAGGGCUACCAGCUCAACUACUGUGUGGGGCAGUGCCCACUGCAUGUGGCUGGCAGCCCGGGCAUGGCCGCCUCCUUCCACAGCGCCGUGCUCAACCUGGUCAAGGCCAACAGCAUUGCUGGGGCGGGCCACGCGUGCUGCGUGCCCACGCACCGCCAGCCGCUCUCCGUGCUCUACUUUGACCGUGGCAGCAACAUAGUCAAGACCGACAUCCCUGACAUGAUUGUGGAGGCCUGUGGGUGCAGCUAGGCUGGUGGAGGGGUCCCACCACGGACACGCGGCCUCCGGGGGGGUGGACCCACUAUGGACACGGGGACUGCUACAGACACGCAACCCCACUAUGGACAUGACGACCCCUAUAGACAUGGCCCCCCGGGUAUGGGGGCACCUGCAGACCCCCUAUAGACACGGACCCUGGGGAUGGGGCAUGGGGGGAGCCUGCCAGACUUGCCGCCUUCUGGCGUGGGGGGAGCCUUGUGGGUCCCUGCUGGCCAGGUUGGGUCCCCAGUGCCUGCGAUGGGCCAAGUGCACAGACAGCUGAUGCAAUGCAGCUCACAGUGUGGUGGGGGGGCAGGUUGCUGGUUUCAACCCCCCCCCCCCCCCCCCCGGAGGCCGGGGCUGGCUGCCAAGUGGGGCAGAGGUCAUGGUAUGUGGGCCCAGCAUUGGCGGGACUAGAGGGCAUCAGUUUCCGGGACUAGUGGGGCCAGAGCUGGGUUGGGGGCCAGCAGGGGAGUGGGCAGGGGUUGCGGAAACCCAGCUGUGGCCUGGCUGGUGCUGUCCCUGCAGCCCAGGAACGUUACUGCUGUGGCAUCGCUGGUCAAAAGGGGGCUUUACUGUGCCACAGGGGCCAGGGCAGCACUGGGCACAGGCCUGGCCCAACCUUUCAUUUGGUCUCCUGGUGUUGGGGGUGGGGGGGACAGGGCAGGGUUAA